AUCUGAAGAUAUCACCAGAACAGAUGCAUGUAUCACUAAAAUUUGGCAUAGAUGUAGGUAGAACAUAGGAAAAAUAUAUUAUGAUAGCAGGUUUUCAAUAUGAAUCGAAGCGCAAUGAUGUAAACAAAUAUAAACAGAAUAAUAAAUAAUAUAUGUAAACUAAAUCGAUUAUUAAAUUGCCUUAACUUUUUGUAAAUCGUCAUGCAAAUUACGACCUCAAUAGCAAUUCAAUUUAAAUCUGGUCACACUGCCCAAAGUAAGAAAGGAAGUGUCAAUGUCAAAAAAGUUUCGUCAACUGAAAACCGAUCGUAGUUUUUGAAAAGUUUUAGUUUGUAUUUGUGAAGAUAUUUUCUUUAUAUCUUAUUAGUAAUAACGACAUAGAAAAAUGCAAGAAAAUGUUACAGACUUAAUAUCACCGCGAACAAAGGAUAACCAUAAUAAUAAUUUAAAAGAACUGAAGAUUAUAUUGAACCGUAACGAUUGCAUUGUUAAUUCGUAUUUAAAGGGAUCAAAUAACAAUAUAAGUAAAUUACAAGAAAGUAAUACCAAAGAAUACAAACCAAGAAAAAGUAUGAAAUUCUUAGAAGACACUUGUUACAACAGAUCACAUCCAGAAACAAGUUCGAAAUCAAAUUUAUAUAAUUCUAAAUAUUCAGCAUACUAUUGUGAAGUAUGCGGUGAUAUAUUCCAAACAAUGCGAGCAUUAAUGCAACACACACGCUUUCACAUCAAGUCCCAAGGAGUUGUGUUCACAUGUGCCCUCUGCGGUGAAACAUUUGAAACUAAUUUAGAACUGAUCAACCACAAGGUAGUGCAUGAUACAGAGGACCAUUGCUUUAAAUGUAAGAAAUGUAAAGUGGCGUACACAAAUCACCAUGAUUACAUACAACACAAUGUAAGACAUAUGGAUACAGGCCCUUAUAAAUGCAUUGAGUGUUCGUUCACAUUUAGCUUAAGAAAGUCCUAUAAAAACCACAUAACAACACAUUAUUUGAAACAAUAUAAAUGUAAUAAAUGCCAAGAAAUAUUUAUACAAAAAUGUGAUCUUAAUAGGCAUAUAAGAAAUAACCAUAAUCCUGGUAUAGAUUGUGUUGAAUGCGGUAAACAUUAUCAAACACAGAGAGAUCAUGACGAACACAUGAGUAUACAUACAGGUGUUAAGACAUUCCAAUGUUUGUACUGCGGUAAAGGAUUCUCAAAAAAUCAAGGUAGACGUGUUCAUAUGAGGAAAAUGCAUACAAAGUUCGUACCUUACGAAUGUACAAUAUGUUCGGUAGGAUUUUAUAAUGGUUCACAAUUAAAAUCACAUAUGAUAAUUCAUAAUACGAAGAUGAAUUACGAAUGUAAUGAUUGUGGUCGUCAAUUCUAUCAUAGAAAUAGUAUGGUAGAGCAUGCAAGACAACAUUUAAACUAUAUGUUAUAUAAGUGCCCAAUAUGUAAAUGUAAACGACCAACAUAUCAGAAACUAUUAGAACAUACAGAGGUGAAGCAUAUUAAGAUCAAAAGAUAUAAAUGUGAAUUGUGUAAUGUCACAUUUAUUCUAAAACGUUCCUUAUUACGACAUUUGAGAACGCAUAAACAUCGAAAUAAGUCUUACGCGACAAUGGCGGUUUAGCUAUAAUAUAAUUGACAGAUUAUUAUUUCGUAAUAAAAGUUAUUUUAUAUGUG